CUCACGCCGGCGACGAGCGCGAGGGGCGGAGCCUGCCCGGCGUGAGCGGGGGACGCGCGGUGUGAUUGCCCGGGAGAAAGGAAGGCGCUCCAGUUCCGGGUCAGGUCCCUCUCCUGCCUCCGUCGGCCUCGGCCAUGGCGAGUAGUGGCGGCGCCGGGGCAGCUGCGGCGGCCGCGGCGGCGAAUCUGAAUGCGGUGAGGGAGACCAUGGACGUUCUGCUUGAGAUUUCAAGAAUUUUGAAUACUGGCUUAGAUAUGGAAACUCUGUCUAUUUGUGUACGGCUUUGUGAACAAGGAAUUAACCCAGAAGCUUUAUCAUCAGUUAUUAAGGAGCUUCGAAAGGCUACCGAAGCACUAAAGGCUGCUGAAAAUAUGACAAGCUGAUUUUCUGGAGAAAUCCUGAUGAGAUAUGUCAAGCUCUGCAGGAGGAUUUGAAGAUUGCAUUUUAGUCAAGAAUGUACAAUGAAAUUACUGCAUGCGGCAG